UGUUUAUUAGUCCACUCGGUGUGUUCGAUCAUUACCGCUGUCGGUGUGCUGUGCUGUUAGGAACACUGCCGCAGACUCUAAAUAGCGAUAGAAUUAUACAAUAACAAUGUUAAAGUAAAAACGUUGUGCCGGACCUCAACGUUAUUAUUGUUAAAUUAUAGUUGUUCGAGUUAAGCAGUAAAGCGGUUUCAGUUAUACGUUACAACUUAUAAUUUUCGCGUUCUAAUGUGUACGCAUGCGUUUGUGCGUUUUCUAUUUUAAGUAAGCUGUGAGUUUGUAUUUGAUUUAUUAUUUGUAGAUUUUUAUUAUUACGCCGACUUAAAAUAUAUUGAUAAAAUAUUUAAGAGAAACUUUUUUUAGUACAACUCAGAAAAUUCACGACUAAAGAAACGCCAUGAUCAAAGUCGACGAAUCUGAUCCGGUCGGAGAGUUGGAACCAAGUUUUCCAUACAAAGAUAUCAAAAUACGAAAAGGAGUAGACAUGAAAGAACAUUAUGACCUACAAUCUGAAAUAGGACGGGGAAAAUUCGGCACAGUGUUCAAAUGCCGAGAAAAGUCUACGGGCCUCAUGUUAGCUGCUAAGUUUGUCGGAAUUGUACACAAACAAGACAGAUGUAACGUAGAACGAGAAGUAGAGAUCAUGUGUGAACUUCAACAUCCUCGACUCAUUCAACUAUACGACGCAUUUGAAGCUAAUAAUGCUAUGUGUUUUAUACUUGAACUAAUUGAAGGCGGAGAGCUAUUUGAAAGGGUAAUUGAUGAUGAUUUUAUUUUAACUGAAAAAUCAGUAACUGUAUUUAUGAGACAAAUAUGUGAAGGCGUACAGUUCAUUCACUCCAAAAAUAUUCUACAUCUUGAUCUAAAGCCUGAAAAUAUAUUAUGCCUAACAAAAACUGGCAAUCGUAUAAAAAUUAUUGAUUUUGGCUUAGCGAGAAAAUUUAAUCCACAACAUAAACUUCAAGUUCUUUUUGGUACGCCGGAAUUUGUAGCACCUGAAGUAGUUAACUUUGAUGCUAUUGGGUUUGGCACAGAUAUGUGGUCCGUUGGCGUAAUAUGCUAUGUAUUGCUAUCAGGUUUAUCACCAUUUAUGGGAGAAACUGACGUGGAAACUAUGGCAAACGUCACAAUUGCCCAAUAUGAUUUUGAUGAUGAAGCAUUUGAUUCUAUAUCUAAUGAUGCCAAGGAUUUCAUAAAAAAACUUCUUUUAAAAGAUCACAAGGAUCGUAUGACCGCGGCUGAAUGUUUGUCACAUAAUUGGCUUCACAAGAAAAAAGUGAAAAAAACUGUGCGAAAGAGCGUGCGAAAGAGCGUGUCUAAAAAAAAACUUACACAACUAGAACCCAAAGUUGAUCAAGAGAUACAACCUUCAAGUUUGCUUGCUCAUCAAGAUUCAUCAUUAGAUUUAACAAAAGAAAAUCUAAAAGAAUUUUGUGAACGCAAAUCUAGUAAUAAUUCGCCAGCUGAUGUAUUAGAAACUAAAGAUUUAGCUGAGAUCAAACUAGCCCAAUCUUCUGAGAUACUAUCAUCUUCAGAAAUAUCCACAGUAGAUACCACUGUUCAAAAGCAGCAUGUAAUAACGACGAAAUCGAGUUCGCCUAUUGUGGAUGGUAGCAUCUAUUGUGAAAAAGUGAUUGUACCGUGUACUAAUAUCAUAGAUAAAGUUCAUCCCGUUGAUAGUUGCGUAGAAGAUUUGAGCAGCUCAUCUAGUUCUGUAGUUGAUUGUAUUUUAUUACCAAGAAAUAAUUUGUCAGACAAUCAACAAACAACUAGUACUUCUCUAGCUGCUAUCAAAAAUAUCGAACUAUCUGAAAAAAUCAAAGAGUCGGUUUCUAGUCAUACAUGUGAUGUGAAAAAUUCCGAGGCUAAUUUGAAUACUAUUCUUCCUAAAGAAAACUCACCUGAUCAAACCGUAGAGUUCAAUCUCCUAUUAAAACGACGUGAUAGUAAAAAACCCUCCGACCGUUCGCAAAAAGAAAAAUCGCCGGUUGAUAAACAAUCCUCCACAAAAUCUGUAAUUACCGAUGUUAUUGUUGAAAAUAAAUUAUCAAGUCAUAAACGCACAGAGGACGAUUUUAUGUCAUCAUUUAUGGAUGUAUCAACGAAAAAUAUUGCAAACAAAAAAUUCACAUCAUGGACACAUAGUUCAACUACGAUAAAUCGUCGAUCAUCGGACGUGUCUUACAUGUUUUCAAGUACAACUACAACCAACAACAACUCAUCUGAGCUUUUCCGCGACUUUGUGAUGUUCUCAAGAGACUCGGAUGACGAUUUACUGAAUACCUCCGACAACUUACACAAAAUGCUGUUGACUCGACGACAGCAGCUUGCUUUUAAUAUGGACCGCAAACCCAAGUUUAAGUUAUCAAACAUGAGCCGAGAUGUUCCAUUUGGGGCGCCGCCACCUGUCGGGAGUCUGCUUUAUUACGUGACUGCAGCAUGCCGUUCAGCGCCCCACAGCAAUCGAACGUCGCCUGAGCGAGAAUCGACCAAGGAUAUGUUUUUAAGAUUUUUUUAUGGCAAUGGAAAAAAGAAUUCUGAAUUCGAUAUAUUUACGUAAAUUAAGACUUUUAUUUAUCAAAAAUAUGUUACUGUUUGAGCAGAAAUCAAAGUACUCUGUAUCGAACAACCGCAAAUUAAUCACUAUUAUUUUAAUCAUAACUUUUAUGUUGUCAGUUAUUCAUCUUUUUGUUGCUCAAAUUUUUAUAUAAAUGGCCUUAUUAAAGCUAUUUGAUUACACGUCAAUAGAAUAAUAAAUUUAAUAUGUAUUUUUUUUAUUAGUUUUUGUCUUCAGAUUUUUUUCUGUAAUUAAAUGUAUCAAAAGAUAUGUUUAUGUUUAUGAAUUGAAACAUAUGUUAUGUGUUUAAGUUUUGGACAUUAUACAGCGUUAU